CCACUCUUCUAUCUCUCACUCUCUUCAACGUUCAGUCUCUCACUCUAUAACAAAACAAAACUAAUGAUAAAUCCCAUCCUUGGCCCUAUCAUUUUGCAGUAUACACCCUUUAAAACAACAUUAUUGCACAUUCACCCUUAUUUUUCCUCUAGAAAAUUCUUGCUGCACCCCACGCUCCUCACUCCGCGUGUCAACCUAAAACCUCUUCUUUUAAACACCCCAAAAGCCGAAAGCCGAAAGCCGAAAGCCGAAAGCCCACCACGGCCCAUACAUACAUACAUACAUAAAUACAUAAUACGCACACUUACAUAAACUUUGCACUGCAUAAAUAUCAAUUUCUUAUCUUUGUGAACAUCGUGGAUGAUGAUGUUGAGUAUCAUCAUUUUUUAGCAGUGACACCCAGAAGAUUUUCAAGUGUAAAAAUGGCGAUGAAAUGAAGGAGCGUCAGCGUUGGCAGCCGGAAGAAGACGCACUCCUCCGAGCUUACGUUAAGCAAUAUGGCCCCAAAGAAUGGAACCUUAUCUCCCAGCGCAUGGGAAAGCCACUCCAUCGUGACCCAAAAUCUUGCCUUGAGCGCUGGAAGAACUAUCUAAAGCCGGGUCUUAAGAAGGGCUCUCUCACCCCGGAAGAACAGUCUCUGGUCAUCUCUCUUCAGGCAAAGUACGGCAACAAGUGGAAGAAGAUCGCCGCCGAGGUCCCAGGCCGUACGGCCAAGCGACUCGGUAAGUGGUGGGAAGUCUUUAAUGAGAAGCAGCUCAAGCAGUUGCAUAAGAACAUGUCUUCAUCUUCGCCUUCCUCACUGCUGAUCAGUGGUACGAAUAGCUUGCAGUCUCAUCACCAUCAUCAUCAUCAGUUAUACCCAGAAGGGAAUAUUCCGGUAGCCAGGGCUGGUUCACCAGAGACCGCUGCUCAGGGCCCUUACGACCACAUUUUAGAUACUUUUGCCGAGAAGUACGUACAGCCAAAGCUCUACGCCGCCGGUAGCGAGGCAGCGUUCAUGCCUGCCAUGGUGGUGACCGAUCCGGAUCCGGUUCUAUCACUAGGGUCGGUGAAUUCUGCUGCCCCUUCCGCAGCGACAUUGGUUCCGCCGUGGAUGAACCCGCCAUCGUCAUCUGCGGCAACGUCGUCUCUUUCUUCUUGCACUUCGUCCACGCCGUCUCCUUCGGUGAGUCUCUCGCUUUCGCCGUCCGAACCGGUUAUGGACCUGGAAAUGAGUCGGUUCGUUCCGGUUCAGCAACUGGGUAGUAUCGUUCAGUACUGUAAGGAGUUGGACGAGGGUCGGUUGAGCUUGCUGCAGCACAAGAAGGAGGCCACUUGGCGGUUGAGCAGGCUGGAGCAACAGCUGGAGUCAGAGAAAGCAAGGAAGAGGAGAGAGAAAAUAGAGGAGACGGAAACCAAGAUAAGGAGCUUGAGAGAAGAAGAAAUGGUAUCACUGAGUCGAAUCGAGAACGAGUACAGAGACCAACUCAGUGUAUUGCAUAGAGAAGCGGAGAACAAAGAGGCAAAGCUGGUCGAAGCUUGGUGCAGUAAGCAUGUGAAGCUGGCUAAGCUCGUUGACCAGAUUGGGGUCCACGGUGCUGCUUCUCUUCGGGUCACCACCACCAAUACUCGUCCAAAUUAGGUUUUGUUUUUGUUUUGUUUUUCUUUCCUUGUAUUGAAAAGUAAAAAACUUUUAAUGGGGUGGGGUCAUGUGAUCGAUUGAUUUCAUUUCAUACAAAACACUCUUUGUAAUCCAAAUCAACUAACCCCACAUAUUCAUGGAAAGUAUUCAGACCGAGUUUUUUAAGGUUAAUUUACAUACA